CAUGUAUGUGUGGGGAGCUUGUUGUUAGCGGUAUAGCUAUCUGCCAGCGCUUGUUUUAUUCCUUAAACUUAAAACGGUGUCACAGUUAAGGCUUCUAACGCUGACAAAUGGAUGUUGGAGAGCUCCUGAACUAUCAGCCUGAUAGAGGAGCAAAGCGUCCCAGGCAGGAUGAUGGAGGAGCAGCAGGAGGAGAGGAGGACUCCAGGGGAGGGAAGCUGCAGAAAGGGCUGGGUGCCAGGGAGUUGGCCAGAUACCGGGAAGGUGCAGCAGGGGUUGGAGGAGGGGUUGAAGGAGGGGUUGAGAUGAGGGAUACUGAUGACCUGACUGGAGACAAGAAGAAGAUCCUGGAGAAACUGAUGGACCAGGAUGAAGAUGAACCUGAGGCAGAGCCGGUGGAUGAGAGUUCAGUGAAGAAAAUGAUCCUGACCUUUGAGAAACGAUCAUACAAGAAUCAGGAACUGAGGAUUAAGUUCCCGGAAAAUCCAGAGAAGUUCAUGGAGUCAGAGCUGGAUCUGAACGACAUUAUCCAGGAAAUGCACGUGAUCGCCACAAUGCCCGAUCUCUACCACCUGCUGGUGGAGCUUAAUGCCGUCCACUCGCUGCUCGGCCUCCUCAGUCAUGAAAACACUGAUGUUGCCAUAGCAGUGGUGGACCUGCUGCAGGAGCUGACAGAUAUCGACACACUCCACGAGAGCGAGGAGGGUGCUGAGGUGCUCAUAGAUGCUCUGCUGGAGGGACAGGUGGUGGCCUUGCUGGUGCAGAAUAUGGAGCGGCUGGAUGAACAGGUGAAAGAGGAGGCUGACGGCGUCUACAACACACUGGCUAUCAUAGAAAACAUGGCAGAGUUCAGACCAGGCCUGUGUGCUGAGGCAGCCCAGCAGGGACUCAUGCAGUGGCUGCUCAAGAGAAUUAAGGCAAAGAUGCCGUUUGAUGCUAACAAGCUGUACUGCAGUGAAAUCCUGGCUAUCCUGCUGCAAAACAAUGACAAUACCAGAGAACUAUUGGGUGAGAUGGAUGGUAUUGAUGUGCUACUGCAGCAACUUUCUGUGUUUAAACGUCACAACCCGUCCACGGCUGAGGAGCAGGAGAUGAUGGAGAACCUCUUCGAUGCUCUGUGCUCCUGCCUCAUGCUGCCCACCAAUCGGGACCGCUUCCUCAGAGGGGAAGGGCUUCAGCUAAUGAACCUCAUGCUCAGAGAAAAGAAAAUGUCUCGAACCAGUGCUCUGAAGGUCCUGGACCAUGGGAUGAUUGGACCAGAGGGAGCCGAUAACUGCCAUAAGUUUGUGGACAUCCUGGGCCUGCGAACCAUCUUUCCACUUUUUAUGAAAACCCCCAAGAAGAUGAAGAAAACUGGCACAUCCGAGAAGGAGCAUGAAGAGCACGUCUGCUCCAUCAUCGCCUCCAUGCUGAGAAAUCUCAAGUCCCAACAGAGAAGCAGACUCCUCAACAAGUUCACAGAGAACGACUGUGAGAAGGUUGACCGACUGAUGGAGCUGCAUUUUAAGUACCUGGAGGCUGUUCAGCAGGCUGACAAGAGGAUCGAAGGAGAGAAGCAUGAAAUGGUUCGUCGCGGGGAGAUCCUGGAUGACAGCAUGGAGGACGAGUUCUACCUUCGCCGACUGGAUGCCGGACUGUUCGUCCUUCAGUUGAUCUGCUACAUCAUGGUGGAGAUCAGCAACUCUGGGAUCUCACAGCUGCAGCAGAGAGUCCAUCAAAUUCUCAACCUUCGAGGAGGCUCUGUCAAAGUCGUCCGCCACAUCAUGAGAGAGUACGCAGAGAGCAUCGGAGAUGGGAAGAGUGACGAGUUCAAAGAAACAGAGCGGAAGAGGAUCAUGGACCUCGUAGACAACUUCUAAUCUCAGUUUUUCUCUUUCUCUCUCUCACACGAACACAACGUUCUUACUAUAGAAACAGCAGGAGUUAAUCUUUGAGAGCAGAGUACUGUAGAUUGACUGAAACACACAGCAAACAGGAGACGGACUCAGAGCUGCAGUGCUGUCUGUUUUCUGUACUGUGGUGUUGAACACUGCAGGAUAAUUACGGACAGACUUUAACUCUCCCACUUUACCUGGUUUGUUUGUUUUGGAUUUUGUGUGUAAAAUAUUUUCUAAUAAAACAUUUGGUAAUAAAAUCUUGA